AGGCCUGGAGCCUCUGCAGUGGGGUUGAGCACAGCUUCCAGGGCCUCAUUUCUUCAGCCUGAAAUCAUAAACCACUCACUGCUUUUGCCGUCAUUCCCUGGAGGUACCAUCCAGCUCUCCCUUCAAGUAACGAAGCCUUGGAGCUCGCCAGCACCUGCUGUGUCCGGGGUGCGCUGCAUCUAGCUGGGGCUUUUGCAAGGAGGGCAGAUGGGGGCUAGAGUUGUGGAGUCCUCAAGCUGGGCACACACCUGAUCUUGGUGGCUGCCUGCAGGCUGCCUCUCAGGCCACAACGGAUCUGACAAGGAUGAAGAAAUGGGGGAGCUCAGACUCAGGGGAGUCUGAGGAGCCACCCCAAGAGGACUCCUGCUCAGACCCCCUGGAUGGAGACCCUAACUCCAGGCCAGCUCCAGCCAAACCCCACAUCUUCCCCACGGCCAAGAGCCGCAGUCGACUUUUUGGGAAAUGCGACUCGGAGGAAGCUUCUCCUAUGGACUGCUCUUACGAGGAAGGCCAGCUAGCCUCCUGCCCAGCCAUCACCGUCAGCCCUGUUGUCAUCAUCCAGAAGCAUGAGGAUGGCCUCACCUGUGACAGGCAGUCUUCCCAGGACUCUGCUCCUGCUGGGUCUGAGAAGAACCUCAAGCUGUAUGAUCGCAGGAAGAUCUUUGAAGCCGUCGCUCAGAAUAACUGUGAGGAGCUGCAGAGUCUGCUGCUCUUCCUGCAGAAGAGCCAGAAGCACCUCAUGGACAGCGAGUUCAAAGACCCAGAGACCGGGAAGACCUGUCUGCUGAAAGCCAUGCUCAACCUGCACGAUGGGCAGAAUGAUACCAUUCCCCUGCUCCUGGAGAUUGCCCGGCAGACGGACAGCCUGAAGGAGUUUGUCAAUGCCAGUUACACAGACAGCUACUACAAGGGCCAGACGGCCCUGCACAUUGCCAUUGAGAGGCGGAACAUGGCACUAGUGACCCUCCUAGUGGAGAACGGGGCAGACGUCCAGGCUGCAGCCAACGGGGACUUCUUUAAGAAAACCAAAGGGCGGCCCGGCUUCUACUUUGGUGAGCUGCCCCUCUCCUUGGCUGCAUGUACCAACCAGCUGGGCAUCGUGAAGUUCCUGCUGCAGAACUCUUGGCAGCCAGCAGACAUCAGUGCCCGGGACUCGGUGGGCAACACAGUGCUGCAUGCGCUGGUGGAGGUGGCCGACAACACAGCCGACAACACUAAGUUUGUGACGAGCAUGUACAAUGAGAUUCUGAUCCUGGGGGCCAAGCUCCACCCUACACUGAAGCUGGAGGAGCUCACCAACAAGAAGGGGCUGACGCCACUGGCUCUGGCUGCCAGGAGUGGGAAGAUUGGGGUCUUGGCCUAUAUUCUUCAGAGGGAGAUCCAGGAGCCCGAGUGCAGGCACCUGUCCAGGAAGUUCACCGAGUGGGCCUAUGGGCCUGUGCACUCCUCACUCUACGACCUGUCCUGCGUCGACACUUGUGAGAAGAACUCGGUGCUAGAAGUGAUCGCCUACAGCAGCAGUGACACCCCCAAUCGCCACGACAUGCUUUUGGUGGAACCGCUGAACCGACUCCUGCAGGACAAGUGGGACAGAUUUGUCAAGCGCAUCUUCUACUUCAACUUCUUCGUCUACUGCUUGUAUAUGAUCAUCUUCACCACAGCAGCCUACUACAGGCCUGUGGAUGGCUUGCCUCCCUAUAAGCUGAAACACACUGUUGGGGACUAUUUCCGAGUCACUGGCGAGAUUCUUUCUGUAUCAGGAGGAGUCUACUUUUUUUUCCGAGGGAUUCAAUAUUUCCUGCAGAGGCGGCCAUCUCUGAAGACCUUGUUUGUGGACAGCUACAGUGAGAUGCUUUUCUUUGUGCAGUCACUGUUCAUGCUGGGGACCGUGGUGCUGUACUUCUGCCACCACAAGGAGUACGUGGCCUCCAUGGUGUUCUCCCUGGCCAUGGGCUGGACCAACAUGCUCUACUACACCCGCGGCUUCCAGCAGAUGGGCAUCUAUGCUGUUAUGAUUGAGAAGAUGAUCCUGAGAGACCUGUGUCGCUUCAUGUUUGUCUACCUUGUUUUCUUGUUCGGGUUUUCCACAGCGGUGGUGACACUGAUUGAGGAUGGGAAGAAUAAUUCUGUGCCGGCUGAGUCCACAUUGCACAGGUGGCGAGGGCCUGGCUGCCGGCCACCCGACAGCUCCUACAACAGCCUGUACUCCACGUGUCUGGAGCUCUUCAAGUUCACCAUUGGUAUGGGCGACCUGGAGUUCACCGAGAACUAUGACUUCAAGGCUGUCUUCAUCAUCUUGCUGCUGGCCUACGUGAUUCUCACCUAUAUCCUCCUGCUCAACAUGCUCAUCGCCCUCAUGGGUGAGACCGUCAACAAGAUCGCGCAGGAGAGCAAAAACAUCUGGAAGCUACAGAGAGCCAUCACCAUCCUGGACACGGAGAAGAGCUUCCUUAAGUGUAUGAGGAAGGCCUUCCGCUCAGGCAAGCUGUUGCAAGUGGGGUACACACCUGAUGGCAAGGAUGACUACAGGUGGUGUUUCAGGGUGGAUGAGGUCAACUGGACCACCUGGAACACCAAUGUGGGCAUCAUCAAUGAAGACCCGGGCAACUGUGAGGGCAUCAAGCGCACCCUGAGCUUCUCUCUGCGCUCAGGCAGAGUUUCAGGAAGAAACUGGAAGAAUUUUGCCCUGGUUCCCCUCUUAAGAGACACAAGUACAAGAGAAAGGCACCCCGGCCAGCCGGAGGAGGUUCAUCUGAGGCACUUUGCAGGUUCCCUCAAGCCAGAAGAUGCUGAGGUCUUCAAGGAUCCCGCUGCUUUAGGGGAGAAAUGAGGGACCCCUACAGGGUUCUCUUAACACUAUUGGGCCUCAGGAUAUGCCACUGCUGCCAUACGGCACUCUCAGCAGCCUGGCCUGGUCUGUGCCUGCCUCGGCACUUUCCUCACCUGCCCUGGACAAGCUGUGUGAAGCAUUGUUGGAUGCCUGGGAAGAGAUAGCCAUCCAACCCUCACUGUCCCCAAGUGAGUCUCCUAAAAGGAAAGGAUUUUGCUCACUCUCUCUCUCUUUUUUUUUUUUACAGACUUUGUUAAGUAUCAUGAAUGAUGUAUCUUUAUGUGGACAUAGGUGAUGCCCCUAUUUUAUUUUAUUUUCUAUCACUAGGACUAAAAGUGAAUGAGGCCCAGGAAAACACCUCUUAGAACAAAAGGUUAGAACACCUCUUAGAACAUGUCCUUCAAUGUAAAAUCCCGAAGCUGUUCUCUGUAUUGGGUUUAAUACCUUCCUUGAGCAAAACGGUCUGGGGCUGAUGUCGUUUAUUCCUCAGAGAAGGUGGGGGAGGCUGGCCCUAUUCCCAGCUCCGGUGGAAUCAGGUUUUUCCAGAGUGACUUCCUCCUUCUGUGUGAUCCAUCACAGUUCCAAAAAUUUUAGCUCUAUUGCUGUUCAGAUGAAAGUAUGGAACCCUGUCUCAAAAGCAUGUGGCAAGAGUUUUUUAAUGAUCUUCUAUUUGUUGUGACCAUAGUCCUGCUCCCCUGCAGUGGUAUGUAUCUCCACCUCCAUCCAUCCUGUUGUCCAUCAAAUACAUAAGUAAGUAAGCAAGUAAAUAAAUAAAUAGGUAAAUAUCA